AUGAACUCAAUAUCAACAAAUCCAUCAUUUACAGAUAUUCGAAUUGUUAAAAUAUACCUUAAAAUUCAUUACAAUACUUAAUAUGGAUAAGCAAUUUACUUAUGUGGAGACGAUGAACAAUUAGGAAUUUGGGAUUCUACUAAAGCAAUUAGACUCUAAUGGAAUCAGGUAUAGUAUUGAAGCUCAAAAAGAAUAAUGAAUGGACAACCUGUUUAAAAUUGCCAAGAAUUUUUAAAAACUAUGAGUAUAAAUUCCUUGUGAAUGAUUAUAAUAAUCCAUCUACUUAAAAAGAAUUAUGGGAACCUGGAGAAAAUCGUUUAAUUACAAAGCAUUUAUUAUUAAAUGGAAAGAAAGGGGAGUACUUUAAUUGUAUUAGUUUUUAAAUCAUUAUAGAGGAGUAUUGGGGAUACAGAACAAUUAAAUUGAAGCUUAAUCACAAUUUAUAACCAGGAGAAAGGAUGAUGAUUAUUGGUUCAAUUCCAGAAAUUGGUUCUUGGAAAACACCUGUUUUAAUGAAAUAACAAUAGAAGAUUGAUAUAUGUAUUAUUCAAUCUAUAAUUCUGAAAUAGUAACAUAAGAGCCUAUUCAACAAUGGUCGAUUUCAUUUAUUGUAAAUCCUCUUAAUUUUUAUUUCCGAUAUUAUUAUGUGAUUCGAAAUGAUGAAACUGGAAAUAUGAUUUGGGAAAGAGGGAAUGGUCGUUAUCUUAAAACAGCUGAUCUCUCUUCAAUUAGAUAAGUUCUUGAUCAAUAUGCAUUACAUCCAAUUAAAGUCAAAACUCAAAUCUAUUAAGCUUUUUAAUAAAGAACAGAAAAGAGAAAUGGAUCAUUUUAAGCAAUUAAGAUUCCAAAAUCAAAGUUAAAACUUAAUAGUUAAGGUUAUUAAUUUGCAGAUAAAGAACCUUCUUUCUUUUAUUAUGAAGAAUUUGGGAGGUUGAAUAAAUUGGAUUGGAAUUUUGUAGUUUAAUUUUAAACAUAUGAGAUAAAUGAAAAUAUAAUUAUUGGUCCAUAUCCUCAAAAUGAAUAGGAUAUUCUAUUAUUAAAAUAAAAAUAAGUGAAGGCAGUUCUUAAUUUAUAAACUCGUUUAGAUAUUUUUCAUAGAGGAGUUAAUUGGGAAUAGAUUGUAGAUGCUUAUUAGCGAUAGAAUAUAGUGAUGAAAAAUUAUUAGAUUUAUGAUAUGGAUGCAGAAGAUUUUGAAAAGAAAUCAAAUAAGGCAGUAUAAAUAUUAAAGAAAUUAAUUAAUUAAUAUGAAUAUGUUUAUGUACAUUGUACUGCUGGAAUAGGUAGAGCUCCUUCAAUAGUUGUAUUAUAUUUAAGUUCAAUAUUAAAAUAUGAUCUAAAAGAAGCAAUAGAAUUAGUUAAAUUAAAAAGAUAAUAAUUUUAUGUCAAUUAUUGUAUAUAUGAGUAAUAUUAAUAGCCAUGUUAAAGAAAUCAUUGUAGAAGACACUUGUAUUUAAUCAUGGAUUAGGUUAUUAAAAUUUGGCUUAAACUUUAUGA